AUGGAUCAGAUAACCAAGCACAGAGUCGAUCGGGCUGCGGAGGAGCUCAUAGCCUCAAUUGACCCUAAAAAGGUCUGUGAGCUAGCCUCAUCCUUCCAUCCAAGCAAAACCCCGUGCCGGAUACUCUCAGUCUGGAAGAAAGGUAGCUUCAAUGUCUGUUUUCCUGUGAUAUUCAAUCAGGACCCGAAGAGUAUGGAAGGCGAGAAAUGGAUGGUCAGGAUUCCUCUUCUUCCUCGACUGGCAUUUCCAGAAGAGAAAAUGCGCAGCGAGGUUGCAACCAUGAAAUAUAUCGCAGAGAAGACCACUAUCCCCAUCCCUUGUCUAUAUGGCUACUCUAUAAACAGCGACAACAUCCUCGGCCUUCCAUUCAUGCUAAUGGGCUAUGUGGAGGGCAAGUCAUUGGCUGGCAUUGAGAUCCAGAAUCUUGAGAGGAGUACAAGAGAACAUUUAUACAGCCAACUUGCUGAUGUUUACAUUCAACUUCACCACCAACAAUUUGAUCGCAUUGGAGCUCUGACUCUUGAUGAGAAUGAUAACUGGGUCUUUGCUCAUAACCGCCCUAUAUCUGUUGAUAUCAAUGAGCAAGAAGUAGCUGGGCUUGAUUUCUGCUCUCGCUUUCUACCUCCUCAACAGACAUUUACCUCUACAAUUGACUAUGUUUACCUAAUUUUCAGGAUUAUCUACAAUGACUACUACCGAGGCCCAGAUUCAAUCAUGAAUGAAGGUGAUGCUCGGGCCUAUCGGUAUGGAAUCUGGGCAGGUCAGGGCAUUGCAAUGGAAUGGGUUAGAUCAGAGUAUAAUCAUGGCCCUUUCAUUUUGAUGCAUGGAGAUCUUCGCCCGCCUAAUAUUUUCAUUGAUGACAACUUCAACAUCACAUCAAUUCUAGACUGGGAGUGGAGCCAUACUGUACCAAUCCAAAUGUUUGCGGUCCCGCCUUACUGGCUCACAAAUCAUGAAGUACUAGAACUCGGUAACGCUUCGUUGUCCGCCCAUUAUACAGCGGCGGCUCUGGACUUCACUACCUCCUUAUAUGAACGCCUAGACAAAUGUCACAAUCCGAAGCGACUUCCGCGACUAGAACUCCCAAUGUCUAAAAUAUGGAGCAAGCACGCGGAUGAUGAGGUCAACCGAUCGGUCGCAUAUGGACUCUUGAAGCCUCAUUACUUUGGGAAUGUCUACAGUAAGGCUCUAGACCGUUCUUACUAUGGUCAAGAUCUUGUUGGAAGAGUGGAAGCUUUCUUUAAGUUGAAAAUCCGACAACCCGAACUUGAGAUCGUGAAACAAAAGGUAGUCGAACUAGCACGCUUUGAAAAGGAGAGACAAGAACUAGGGAUUGAGCCUCGUUUAACCUUGGGAGCGCCACUGUUACCAGAAGAAGAAGCCGAAAGGUUAAAGUGGUUGGAGAUGGGGGGCGAAGAAGGCUACAAAGCCCAGAUACAGAAAGAAGUAGAUGCGAAGAUGGCCAGAAUUCAUGAGCUGCUCCGCAGAAAGCGCGAGUUGGACGAGCUGAAUGCUUUGGCGACAAGACCACAUUCGUGGUGGCCACUCAUCGGCAUCGGGGCGUAUCUAGUGUACAUCGUUAACAUGAAAGGGAAAUUGAGUUAUGGGCGCUACUAG